CGCGGCACCGCCCCCUCCACUGCCCGAGCGCCCGCUCGCGCGGCUCCCACAAUGCACCGCACAAUGGCCCGACCGCCGCCACUACCGGGGCCUGAGAGGGCCUGGCGGAGCCCGAGAGCGGCCCGGCCCGCAGCGCGGGGCCCCGAGCGCGGUGAAGAGAUUGUUUUCUGAAGGCUGCGUUGGAGGCUGUGACAGAGCAGAGAGCCCGUGUGGAGCUGAUGGGGAGGCUUUCUGAAUAACAUGGCCCUUCGCCAUUAGCUUUGCCAUGACCACAUUUUUCACAAGCGUCCCCCCCUGGAUUCAAGAUGCAAAGCAGGAGGAGGAAGUGGGCUGGAAACUAGUUCCCAGGCCUCGGGGCCGGGAAGCGGAGAGUCAAGUGAAGUGCCAAUGUGAAAUCUCGGGGACACCCUUCUCAAAUGGGGAGAAGCUGAGGCCUCACAGCCUCCCCCAUCCAGAACAGAGACCGUAUAGCUGUCCUCAGCUGCACUGUGGCAAGGCUUUUGCCUCCAAGUACAAGCUGUAUAGGCACAUGGCCACACACUCAGCCCAGAAACCCCACCAGUGCAUGUACUGUGAUAAGAUGUUUCACCGCAAGGACCAUCUGCGGAACCACUUGCAGACACACGAUCCCAACAAAGAGGCGCUCCACUGUUCCGAGUGUGGUAAGAAUUACAAUACAAAGCUGGGCUAUAGGCGCCACCUGGCCAUGCAUGCCGCCAGCAGCGGCGACCUCAGCUGCAAGGUGUGCCUGCAGACCUUUGAAAGUACCCAGGCCCUGCUGGAACACCUGAAGGCCCACUCACGCCGGGUGGCAGGAGGUGCCAAGGAGAAGAAGCACCCCUGUGACCACUGUGACCGGCGGUUCUAUACUCGCAAGGAUGUGCGGCGGCACCUGGUGGUGCACACAGGCCGGAAGGACUUCCUGUGCCAGUACUGUGCACAACGGUUUGGCCGCAAGGACCACCUGACACGUCAUGUCAAGAAGAGCCACUCACAGGAGCUGCUCAAGAUCAAGACGGAGCCAGUGGACAUGUUAGGCCUACUCAGCUGCAGCUCCACAGUCAGCGUGAAGGAAGAGCUGAGCCCUGUGCUGUGUAUGGCCUCUCGGGACGUAAUGGGGGCCAAGGCCUUCCCUAGCAUGUUGCCCAUGGGCAUGUAUGGUGCCCACAUCCCUACCAUGCCCAGUGCGGGCGUGCCACACUCCCUGGUGCACAACACAUUGCCCAUGGGGAUGAGCUACCCUCUGGAAUCUUCACCUAUCUCUUCUCCAGCUCAGCUUCCUCCAAAAUACCAGCUUGGAUCUACCUCAUACUUGCCCGACAAAUUGCCCAAAGUGGAGGUGGAUAGUUUUCUGGCGGAGCUUCCUGGAAGCCUGUCUCUCCCAUCCGCUGAACCCCAGCCCGCCUCACCUCAGCCGGCGGCAGCUGCAGCCCUCCUAGAUGAAGCACUGCUCACCAAGAGUCCCGCCAACCUCUCCGAGGCCCUCUGCGCUGCUAAUGUGGACUUUUCCCACUUACUGGGCUUUCUUCCACUCAACCUGCCCCCAUGUAACCCGCCCGGGGCCGCAGGAGGCCUGGUCAUGGGCUACUCCCAGGCUGAUGCACAGCCUCUGCUCACCACUUUGCAAGCUCAGCCUCAAGAUUCCCCAGGAGCUGGGGGACCUCUGAACUUCGGGCCUCUGCACUCCUUGCCUCCUGUCUUCACCUCUGGCCUGAGCACCACCACCCUGCCUCGUUUCCACCAGGCAUUCCAGUAGCCCCCAAGGAGGCCCUAAGUUCAGUCUUGGGCUCUGUCAGGGAGCCUCUGUACCCACCCCACCUGCACCCCCAUGAAGGCAGCUGAGCUUUCAGAGCUGGAUCAAAAAGAAAAAAUUCCAGUAUCUGUAUGGAGCACUUGGUUUGGGGGCUGAGGCUCCAGGUUCAGUUCUAGGAGGCGCCUUGAGCCCCCAUCCCAUGAAAAAAAGAUCCUGUACCAUAGAACUUCAGGUAUUUUUACUUUUAUUUUAUCUGAAUCGGGAGCCACACUUAGCCCUCUCCCUCUCCAAAGCAUCAGAAUCUCCUUCUCUUUGGAGGAGGGGGAGGCCUCUUGGAGACACAGAGGGUUUCACUUUGGAUGACCUCAAGAGAAAGCCCAAGAAGCCCGCCUUCUGGUCCCAACCUGCAGCCCCCACAGCAGUUGGUCAGGCCGUGCUGCAGAGGAUCAUUUGACUCCGUCACCUGCUUCCCACCAAUGGGCAGGAGAGAGGGCCUUUGUUCCUCCCCACCACCCAUCCCUCCUGUACCAACACCUCCAUCUUCAGUCAGUGUUGUCCAGCAACGGUACCGUUUACACAGUCGCCUCAGACACCAUUUCACCUCCCUUGCCAAGCUGUUAGCCUUAGAGUGAUUGCAGUGAACAUUGUUUACACACCGUGAAUCCAUUCCCACCAGUCCAUUCCAGUUGGCACCAGCUGGAACCAUUUGGUACCUGGUGUUAACUGGAGCCCUGUUUACAAGGCGGAGUCGGGUCUCACUGACUUCUUCACUUGAGGUCACAUCUUUCCCCUGUGGGGAAAUAAACUGACUUUGGACUGCUUCAGUCUCUGCCAUCUUCCAUGACUAUCUGUUACUGCCUUCCUCGGCAGUGGCUGCAGGAGACAGGCAAGAAGAUUGGAGCAGUUUUCUCACAGGCCUCCAAUUCUGCUUUUCUCCAAGUACAUCAUGACCCCCACUCCCUACCCUUACUCUGAACAUCAUGAGCUGGUAUUAGUAGUCUUGGAAGGAGGGACUUGGGUUUGAGGCUGGUGUGGAUAGCAAAGGAGAGGGUGUGAACCCCUCAUUUGUCUUUUUCCUGCUUGUCCCUUUUCCAGGAAGUUGUGGGAUUGUUGGAAGAAGAGUUUUCAGAGAGUUAGGAUAGGGCAAAUAGUAGAGUCCUAAUCUAUGGGCACAUCAUUUUCUCCCAUACCAAACUUUUUUCUUAAUUACCACGUCCCUUCUCUCUUCUCUACCUUGUAGUCCCUGUGGACUCAGGGCUCCUGUGCAUAGCCUUCUCUGCUCUCCAUCAAAGAACUUCUACCUUCCUCUUGUGGGGCUCUCUGCCACAGACACACAGCCCUUGCCCAGCUGACCCCCCACCCUGCUUGAUCUCUGUUGUGUAUGGGCUUCUCUUCUUACUCCUGGAAGGGAGGCCGCUCAGAGACCACCAGUGUGGGACCCUCUUGAGACUCCUCCACUCUGAUUCAGAAACACACUUCUACCUCUUUACUGUUAAUUCCUACACACGCAGCCAGCAGUUUCCAGGCACUGCUCUCAGUGGGUGCGUCAUGCUGGCUUCUCCACUAGGGUUUCAGGACAAACUACCAAGGAGCUGCCUCAGCCUCCUCCCAGCCCUCCCCUCUUCCUCCCCAUUCUGUCUAGAAAUCACUUUGGUUUAUCAUCAGGUCCAAGACCCAGGCUUCUGCUUCAGCCUAGGCAAGUACUCUGAGGUGAAAGCCUUAAAACAUAGCUCUCCUGGCCCUUGAUUGGAAGCAAUGUGGAGUGCGUGAGCAUGUUUUGAUUUUAGGCAGGGUAGCUUGGAUACCUUUAAAAAAACAAAACCAGUUAUAAAAAUGUCUGGCAAGGUUAGGAUCAGACUAGGUGAUUUGCUUCUAAGUAUUAGUUUCAGUGAGUCCCAGGGACUACUUAAGGUUUAUUUUUAGCGUCCACCUUGGUACGCGGCCACCUCCUGCAUGCUGUGCAUGUUAUUGGGACUCGUGUUAUAGGAAAUGGUAAGUGAGGAUCCAAGCAGGCCUCAAUGCAGCCGUUCUCCUAAUUGUCUCUGGUCUUCAUCACUAGACCCUGUAACCCUUCCCCCGCUUCCUGCCGCUGUCCCUGUCCCCCUUCAUUUACAGAGGCAAAUGGGCCUCUAGCCACAGAAAAUAAAGUCUCUGGGCGUAGAGGAGUCCCCUCUUUGCCUGUUCUUUCCUGUCCCUUCCUUGAAUUCUCCCCCAUUAGUGACACUGGGAAACUCAUAGGACAGGCAAAGCAUCUAUUUAAAACCUUGUAACUGGGGACUUGCCCCCACUCCCCUCCCCUACCAUCUUUCCUGCCCCUUCUCCUCUUCCUUCAGUGCCCUCACCACCCACAAAGAAUUUACCUAUCACUGUGAACUUUGCUGGUACAGAGGAACAUCUGCCUUCACCUUUUUUGGACCAUAACUACCCAGUCAUUUCUUAAACCUCCCUUCCCAAAAUUAAAAAAAAAAAGAAAAAGAAAAAAAAAAGGAAAAAGCCUUAUUGGCCUGGUUAUUCAAAGGAUAAGAAUAGCUUUAUCCUGCACCCAGUACCAAACUCACUUCAGUGCCCUAAGGCCAUGAGAGCCUGAGGGCUGUCUGCCCAGGAUAGGAGCCAUGGCAUGUGGCAGACACCAAACAGGGACCAGGAAAAAGGGGUGAUGUCCCCUUUCCCUACCACCUCCUCCAACCUCUGUCAGCAAAGAGCUGCCCUGAACAGGGCAGACACCUUCCACCCUGCACAGAAGCUGGUCAGGGUUAAGUGCAGUCCCGGGGGCCAGUGAUGACAUACCCACCUGUGUCAGCCCAAAGGCUCUGUGCACAUCUUAAAAGAGGCAAGAGGUAGGGAAGGGAGCACUAAGGAGUUUUUCCCUGCAGCCUUUUACAAAUGGCAUUUUGUUAAUGGAAAUCCGGGAAGCAGGUGUGAUUACUUUUUUGCUCAUAGAUAUUGUCCUAAGUUGAAAUUCUCUGUAAGUUUUCCCCUAAUAGCCCUGUAAAUCCCGCCCCCUUCUUUUUGGUAGCUGUUUUCUCCACCCCUUCUCCACUUCCUCUCUUAUCUAGGAGCUGUUUUUAAGCACGAUUUUUUUUAACAGUUUAUGUUGUACAGGAUCAAUAUUUUGCUUUUUAACAAGGAUAUUUAUGUGAUAAGAAACUUUGCCUUAGGCAGGUGUUGGCCAGAAAAGUCUGGAUUCCUCUGGGACCCCACCCUGGCCUCUCCUGGAGCUCUGAACCUGCUGUGGAAGGAAUUGGCUGUGACCUUCACCACUGGAGAGUAGGGUCUGUGGCAAGGGGAAGGAGUGUUCCGUUCUGACAGGAGAAGGAUUCACCAUGAUAAUCUAGUGCCUCUGUGGAGGGGUUUGGAAGAAGUAUUCCAGCCCAAUUUCUUCAUAUGUAAGCCGACCCUCACCGUAUGCAUCUCUCCACAUCUGAAUAUUCAGCACUAGAACUCCUGAAACACCACUUCUCAUCUCCCAGUGCCUCCCUCCCUCCCAGUGGUCAAGGCUUUGGAGCCACUCUUUCGUAAUGCCAGAUUAUUUAAAGAGAAAAAUACAAGACAAAAACCUUCUAGCACUUUGUAAACACAGUGAAUAACCUCUUGGAGUAUUUUUGGCUUUAUAUAAAACAAGGUUUUUAAUUGUAAAAUAUAAGUGCCAUUAGAAAAUGCACAGGGCGUAUCUUUGUUAAAGUAGAUUUUUCAAUGUUUUACAGAAUUAAAUUUUCAAAAAAGUUUUUAUAAUGAAGUUGUUUAUUAAAAACUUCUGAAUGA